AGAAAGCCCUUUUCAUUACAGGAGAAGAGGACAAAGAUACUCAGAGAGAAAAAGUAAAGGAACUGGAGAGACCAGGAUCCUUCCAGCUGAACCAAGUCAGCCGCAAAGCAGACUAGCCAGCCGACUACAAUUGGAAUCAGAGUCCCAAAGACAUGGGCUUGUUAGAAUGCUGUGCAAGAUGUCUGGUAGGGGCCCCCUUUGCUUCCCUGGUGGCCACUGGAUUGUGUUUCUUUGGGGUGGCACUGUUCUGUGGCUGUGGACAUGAAGCACUCACCGGCACAGAAAAGCUAAUUGAGACUUAUUUCUCCAAAAACUACCAGGAGUAUGAGUAUCUCAUCAAUGUGAUCCAUGGCUUCCAGUAUGUCAUCUAUGGAACUGCCUCUUUCUUCUUCCUUUAUGGGGCCCUCCUGCUGGCUGAGGGCUUCUACACCACCGGCGCAGUCAGGCAGAUCUUUGGCGACUACAAGACCACCAUCUGCGGCAAGGGCCUGAGUGCAACGGUAACAGGGGGCCAGAAGGGGAGGGGUUCCAGAGGCCAACAUCAAGCUCAUUCUUUGGAGCGGGUGUGUCAUUGUUUGGGAAAAUGGCUAGGACAUCCCGACAAGUUUGUGGGCAUCACUUAUGCCCUGACCGUUGUGUGGCUCCUGGUGUUUGCGUGUUCUGCUGUGCCUGUGUACAUUUACUUCAACACCUGGACCACCUGCCAAUCUAUUGCCACCCCCAGCAAGAUCUCUACCAGUAUAAGCAAUCUCUGUGCUGAUGCCAGAAUGUAUGGUGUUCUCCCAUGGAAUGCUUUCCCUGGCAAAGUGUGUGGCUCCAACCUUCUGUCCAUCUGCAAAACAGCUGAGUUCCAAAUGACCUUCCACCUGUUUAUUGCUGCAUUUGUGGGGGCUGCAGCCACACUGGUUUCCCUGCUCACCUUUAUGAUUGCUGCCACUUACAACUUUGCUGUCCUUAAACUCAUGGGCAGAGGCACCAAGUUCUGAUCUCCUGUAGACAUUUCCCCUUCUCUAACAGUGAGGCUCUAACCACACAUCCUACAAUGAUGAGUCUCCCAUGUUAACUCUUUGCCUUUGCCACUGACUGGCCCUCUUCCUACUCAAUGAUCAAUGAUCGUAACAAGAAAGGAGAGUCUUGAGGUGAUUAAUGUCUCCCCAUGGACCCUCCCCUCUUAUGUACCUCUUUUAGUCAUUUUGCUUCAAAGCUGUUUCCUGCUAGAAAUGGGAAAUGCUUUAAAAUGGUAACUCCCCAACUGUAAGGCACAAAGAAAUGGAGGCUCUAAUUUAAUAUUUAAGCAACUCUUGAGGACAAGAAAGUGUCUUUUUCUCCUAAAGGGCACUUCCAUUAAUGGAAACAAAGAAAAGGGAAAUGAUCAGGUAGAGAGGAAGGACGUGCCUGGACCCCUUGCCUUCCAGAAUGGCCAAAUAUAUUUCCCUUGGUAUACAACACAGAGAAUACACCCCUGUCUCCCUAUUACCACUUUAGAAGGAAAAAGGAAUGCCAGCAAAACAAUAAAAGCAUGUUCCCAAGUCUACCUAUUAUAGCUGGGAAAAGGGGUCAAAGCAAGGAUCUUUCACUUCCAUAGAGAGAGAGCAGUGACCCCGAUGGUAAUGAACAAUUUAAGUCUUAACUCAGCGAAUCUUACUUACAGCAUAAGGGAGUGUAGUGUCUGUGUAGACACAAGGCAGAGCUUGGCCUUACACCUUAUUAAAGAAAAGAAACAGGAUUUCACCAGUGUCUUCUCACUCUCUUCUCCUUGAUAACAGCUACCAUGACAACCUGUGGUUUCCAAGGAGCUGAGCACAGAGAGAAACUCUAGCUCAUCUGAAAAAUGACUGGCCUAAGGAGCAGCAGUUGCUAAUGGCUAAUGGUGUAAAGUGAGCCUGCCCUCUGGUAGACAAAGGAUAGAUAACUCUCCUGUUAAUUAGCUGCGUACCUUGGCCUCUGUCAUGUCUUCACAAUGGUGCUCUUUUCAUGGGGUAUUAUCCAUUUGGUCACAGUGGUGAUUUGAAGAUCUUGAUUAGUUUCAGAUUGAGGCACAUUUCACAUUUUUUCAGUUUAUUUAUUAUUGGUUUACAGUUGAAUCAGAAAGUUCUGGAGAAUUUUUCACUGAUUCGUUAACAAGUGAAAAUUGGGCACUGGACAUAACAAGUGACAUUUAAUAUUAACUAGUCCCAUGGAUCUAUUUGGAAUACCUAUAAAUGUUUAUGCCCUUUGCAGUAACAGAUUUAAUCAGUUUGAAUCUCAAUUUGAAUAACCAGCGUGGUGGUUUUUUUAGCGAGUGGAUAUUAUUUGAUUAAACAAUAUUAUGUGUUAAUGAGUCAAAUUUAACAGACAGGUCUUCUCUCCUGGUAUAGAUUACAGAACCACAUUCACUAGCUGCCAGUUAUUCAUUUGGUAAGCAUCCAUGAAGAAGAAAGAUAGGAAGAGUCUUGUUUCAGCCAAAAGGAUGAGAAGUGAUAAGAUGGGGUAAAAAAUUGAAGCCUGAAUAGCAAAUAAGUUUCAGGUUUCUCUUUCUUGCUUGCUAACUCUGGGUUAAAAAUGAAAGAUGAGUUGGUCUUUAUUGAAGGAAAGAUUUUGUGAGUAUGAUUGUAGUUAGUGCUUUUGUUGUUAAAAGUUGUUUCAUACACCCCACUAUAAUAGUUUCGAUGGUGUUUGAGGAGAUGCAAGACUUUUACAAAAAUACAGUUAAUAUUUGUUUUCACAUAAGUAUACAUGAUAAACUUCCAAAUUUCUUAGAGAGAGGAGAUGAAAACAUUCUGUAAGAACCCAAUCAAGAUCAAGGAAAGUGACAUAAUCCACACCUUGUGUUUUAUUUUGGUUUAAUAACAUAACAAAUAACCAACCCUUCCCUGAAAAACUCUCAAACAUACAUACACAUAUAUGCACAUGGAGAGAGUUAAUCAACUGAAAGUGUUUCCUUCAUUUCUGAUAUAGAAUUUCAAUUUUAACACAUAUAAGGAUAAACUUUUAGAAACUUAUCUUACAAAAUGUAUUUUAUAAAAUUAAAGAAAUAAAAUUAAGAAUGUUCUCAAUGAAA